GGUGUGAAAUAAGUUUAAAUUGAUGUGAAGAUGUGAUAAUAUAUUUUCAAGGAACUUUUAUUAUUUACGAAAAUGUCUAUUAGCAAUAAAAUUUCAAUUCAAGACGUUGAUGUCAAAGAUAAAAAUGUUUUGAUUCGCGUUGACUUUAACGUUCCUUUACAAGACGGAAAAAUAUCUAAUAACCAACGUAUAGUUGCAGCCUUACCAACUAUUAGAUAUGCAUUAGAUAAUGGAGCUAAGGCUGUUAUUUUAAUGUCCCAUUUGGGCCGCCCGGACGGGAAAUCAAACCCUAAAUAUACAUUGAGACCUAUUGCCGAGGAAGUCAGUCGUUUACUUGAAAAAAAAGUUAUGUUCUUAAAUAAUUGUGUAGGCCCUGAAGUCGAAUCUGCCGCGAAAAAUGCGACUGGAGGCCAAAUCAUCCUACUUGAGAAUCUUCGGUUUCAUAUUGAAGAAGAAGGUUCUGGCAAAGAUGAUGAAGGAAACAAGAUCAAAGCCAGUCCUGAAGAUAUAGAUAAGUUUAGAGCAUCUCUUUCAAAACUUGGAGAUAUCUAUGUUAAUGAUGCAUUUGGAACGGCACAUAGACCACAUAGUUCUAUGGUUGGGGUAAACCUUCCAGAUCGUGCUGCUGGUUUCUUAUUAAAAAAGGAACUAGAUUUCUUUGGCAAAGCCUUGGAAAACCCGGAUAGACCUUUCUUGGCCAUUCUCGGAGGAGCCAAAGUUUCCGAUAAAAUUAAAUUGAUUAACAACCUUCUCGAUAAAGUUGAUUCUAUGAUCAUCACGGGUGGAAUGGCUUUUACAUUUAAGAAAACUCUUAAUGGCGUUAAGAUCGGAAAUUCUUUAUUUGACGAAGAAGGUUCCAAAACGGUUGCUGAUUUAGUUGAAAAAGCUAAGAAAAAAGGAGUUAAAUUAGUUUUCCCAGUAGAUUAUGUAACGGGAGACAAAUUUGAUAAAGAUGCCAAUACUGGAUACGCUACAGAUGAAACAGGAAUUCCAGAUGGAUGGCUUGGGCUUGAUUCGGGGAAGAAGACAAAUGAACUUUUUAAAAAAACAAUUCUUGAAGCUAAAACUAUACUAUGGAAUGGACCAACAGGAGUAUUUGAAUUUGAUAAAUUCGCAGCAGGUACAAAAUCAGCUUUAGAUGCUGUUACUGAAGCUACACAAAAUGGAGUUAUAACUAUCAUAGGAGGUGGUGAUACUGCAACUGCUGUUGCUAAAUGGGGUGCUGAGGAUAAGAUUUCGCAUGUAUCAACUGGUGGUGGAGCGUCUCUCGAAUUACUUGAAGGCAAAGAAUUACCUGGAGUAGCAGCUCUCUCUGCCAAAUUGUAGUUAUUAAUUAUAAGUAAAUAUUUAUUUAAUUAUAUUAAUAUUGUUCUUUUUAUUAUCAUAGCUUUUUGGAAAUAAAUUUGGUUUAACAUUUAUUAUGCGAUUCGAUUUUUUUUUUUUUUUU